AUUUCUUAUAGCAAAACUUGGUUUAAUGCUAUUUUAGUAAUUCGAGUUUCAAUUAAUUAAACAAAAUUUCGUACUCUGUUUCCAGUUCCACACGCUUCUCCCAAUCUCUGUUUCUCAGACUCCCAGAUCCUCUGCAAAAGCCUUCUUCGAUCUCUCUUCCUCCUCGCCGGGAUUUCGUUUCUACACAUAAGAGAGAGAAUGACUUUAUCUCCUCCUCGGAUUUCAAGAAGCGUGUAUCCUCGGAAAGUACCUUCAAUUGCGUUUGCUAUUGGUGGGUUAACAUCCUUCAUCAUCUUCGCUUCUCUGCUUCUCUUCUCCCAUCCCCUUGGUUCUUCCCUUACUGGUUAUCUCUACGGAACUGAGACCACUCGACAUCUCGAGUUUCACCAUAGUAGCAGCAGAGAUACUUCUGAUCCAAACCCAUCUCCUGAUUCCACCAUUAACUCGCCUCCAUUGCUGACACAACAUAGAGAGGAGAGUACGAAGGCGCUUCCUACAAAUCAUGUUUCCGUUGAAAAAGAAGAUUCAGUAGAAACAGAAUGUGAUCUGUUUCGUGGUAACUGGUUCUAUGAUCCGAAGGGACCUUUGUACACGAACAACUCUUGUCCUCUUCUGACGCAGAUGCAGAACUGUCAGGGCAAUGGGAGACCUGACAAAGACUAUGAGAAUUGGAGAUGGAAACCGUCUCAGUGUGAUCUUCCACGGUUCGAUGCCAAGAAGUUUCUGGAGCUUAUGAGAGGCAAGACACUAGCUUUUAUAGGUGAUUCCGUUGCUCGUAAUCAGAUGGAGUCUAUGAUGUGCCUUCUUUGGCAGGUAGAAACUCCGGUUAACCGCGGGAACCGGAAGAUGCAGAGAUGGUACUUCAGGUCAUCAUCAGUAAUGAUAGCUCGUAUGUGGUCAUCUUGGCUCGUCCACCAGUUCAACGAGCCGUUUAGUUUUGCUCCACAAGGUGUAACCAAACUCAAGCUAGACCAACCGGAUGAGCGUAUAAUGGAAGCUCUUCCGAAAUUCGACGUUGUCGUGCUUUCAUCAGGCCACUGGUUCGCUAAACAGUCUGUCUACAUUUUAAACGAAGAGAUUGUUGGAGGCCAGUUAUGGUGGCCGGACAAAACUAAACCCGCAAAGGUCAGCAACGUCGAAGCUUUUGGGAUCUCUGUAGAGACAAUCUUGAAGGCAGUAGCUAAACACCCAAGCUACAAGGGUCUGACCAUCUUGCGGACUUGGUCGCCUGAUCAUUACGAAGGCGGUGCUUGGAACACAGGCGGGUCGUGCACGGGUAAAGAAGAGCCUCUCCCUCCUGGGAAGUUGGUUAAAAACGGGUUCACGGAGGUAAUGUAUGAGCAGCAAGCAAAGGGGUUUCAACGAGCUGUGGAGGAUGAUAAGGUCGGCAAUAGAUCGAAGAAGAUGAAGCUAAUGGAUAUCACUGAGGCUUUCGGGUAUCGCCACGAUGGUCAUCCUGGUCCGUAUAGAAGUCCUGACCCCAAGAAGAUCACGAAACGUGGACCGGAUGGUCAGCCUCCCCCACAAGACUGCUUGCACUGGUGCAUGCCCGGGCCGGUGGAUACGUGGAAUGAGAUGGUGCUGGAGAUUAUAAGGAGAGAUAUGGAGGGUGGAAGAAGUAGACCAUAAUCUUGAUCUAGGAGCAAAAGAGAUCAAUAUACACUUAGAAGAGAGAAAUCUUAUUCAUACCACGGAUUAACUGAUUUAAGGACUUCUAAUUAUUACAAUAUGAUUAUUAGUUACUUGUAAACCCAGUACGCUCACUUGUACUUCUGCUUUUUUACGUACAAUGUAAUUUUUGAUUGAAAGAGAAACAAAACAGUUGGUGAAACAAUA